GCUCUCUGCGAUGUCGCGUGCAGUGCUCGCGCUCGCGGCGCUCGGUGCAGCGGCGGGCGUCGAUGCGAAGAAGAUGAUGCCGAUGCACAAGCUUCGCGCAUACCAAGAGCAGGCUGCGAGGAAGUGGGCCGUCCCGCCACGAGCCGACGCGGUCGCGGGUGGUCCGGGCACCGUCAAGAACAUUACCUUCUCUAACCCGAAGGCGUCAGAGUUCUGGGUGAAUGGCUCGGCUAUCCCGUUGGUCGAUUGGGACAUUGGCCCGAGCUGGGCGGGCUUGCUGCCGAUUAGCAACAAGACCGAUGAGACGCGUCAGCUGUUCUUCUGGUUCUUCCCGCCUGGUCCGCAAGGCAGUCUCGAUGACCUCAUCAUGUGGAUCAACGGAGGCCCCGGAUGCUCGUCCCUAGAGGGCCUCCUGCAAGAGAACGGGCCGAUCCAGUGGUCUCACGGACAAGCGAAACCUACGCCGAACGACUAUAGCUGGACGAACCUCUCGAGUAUCCUGUAUAUCGACCAGCCGGUCGGGACGGGUUUCUCCCAGGGCACGCCAGAUAUCGAGAAUGAAGACCAACUGGCUGAGCAGCUCGUUGGCUUCCUGCACCAGUUCCUCGAGGUCUUCUCCGAGCUGAAGGGGAAGAACUUCUACACUACCGGGGAGAGUUAUGCCGGGACCUACGUUCCUUACACCGCCAACUACAUCUACGAGCACCCCGACGCUCUCGACCUCGACCUCAAAGGCUUCUGGAUCUCCGAUCCCUCGCUCUCGUGGGACGUCGUCCAAGAGCAGAUCCCCGCCGUGAGCUUCGUGCACAAGUACCGGAACGUCUUCGCGUUCAACGAGACGUUCAUGGACACGCUCGACGCGCAGGCCGCCGCCUGCAACUACGCGGACUACACGGACAAGUACCUCGCCUAUCCGCCCACCGGGCUGCUGCCCCUGCCGGGCACGAGCGUCGAGGCCGACGCCGGGUGCGACGUGUGGGACGCGAUCUUCGCCGCGGCGCUCGACGUCAACCCCGCGUUCAACAUCUACCGCAUCUUCGACACGUGGCCGAUCCUGUGGGACGUGCUCGGCUUCCCGGGGUCCUUCCCGCAGACGCAGCUCGCGCCGCUCUACUUCGACCGCGCGGACGUGAAGGCGGCGAUCCACGCGCCCGCGGACGUCGCCUGGGCGGAGUGCUCCGAUGUGGACGUGUUCCCCGACGGCGAUAAUAGCCUCCCGCCCGUGUUCAGCGUGCUCCCGAACGUGAUCGAGAAGAGCGCGCGGGCGGUGGUCGUGCACGGCCUCGCGGACUUCGUGCUGAUCAGCGAGGGCACGCGGAUCGCGCUGCAGAAUAUGACUUGGAACGGUAUGCAGGGAUUCCAAACACCUAUCGCAAAUGACAGCUUCAUCGUUGAUGGCGUCGGUGCACUGGGCACGGCCCACUACGAGCGCGGCCUGGCCUACUUCGAGGUCGAGCUGAGCGGGCAUAUGGUACCCGAGUUCUCUCCAGCGGCUGCAUACCAAAUUAUGGAGUACCUGUUGGGCUUCCGCGCGGAACCUACCUUCACUCCGCAGGAGAGCGACGUCGUCAGGCGAUCUGAGCUGUAGAUGGGGAGCAGCAGCUUGAGAACGGUGGACGCGACAACAUUGCCGUGCAGUGCCGUUGUAUAGAAUGCCUGUUGUGUACUGCUAAUAGAUUCAGGUCGCGGCAUCAACAUAACCUUGUAAGUCAACUUGCUCGAUUGGAUCAGAUCGGCAUAGCAAAUUGGCAGACGAAAUGGCGGCUUACCUGUGCAGACAGCCACCUGAUACCACCCUCCACUAGUUCCAUCACUAGCAGCACUA